AUGACCAUCGCUUCUGCACCCCCGAUCCUAGACUUCAGCGCUUUCUAUGGAGACGAUGAAGCGGCCAAAGAAAAACUGAUCAACGAGGUCCGAGAGUGUUGUUUGCACAACGGCUUCUUCCAGAUCACCGGCCAUCAAGUGCCGGAAGAGUUGCAGCAAGCAGUCUUGAAUAACAUCAAGCGGUUCUUCGCUCUUCCGCAAGAAGAGAAAGACAAGAUUCUCAAAGAUAAAAACACCUGGAACCGAGGCUACGAGAAGAUCGGAUCUCAGAUUCUCGAGGUCGGCACAGCCCCCGAUCUCAAAGAAGGUCUGUACAUCGGCGAGGACAUCUCGAAAGACCACCCGUACUUCGUGCACAAGAAGCUCAACAGCGGACCCAAUGUGUGGCUCGAAACCAUGCCCGGCAUCGACGAGUUCAAGGCCGUGACCAUGGCCUACUAUCAAGCCAUGCACGCGCUGGCCCGCGACGUGCUGGCCGUUAUCGCGCAGACCUUGGAUCUCGAUCCAUCCUAUUUCAAAGACUUCACCACCGACGCCGUGGCCACAUUGCGAUGUCUCCACUACCCACCCCAGCCCGCCGACUCGGACGAGAAGAUCUCGCGAGGCAUCGGGGCGCACACGGAUUUUGGUGCCAUCACGCUGCUGAUGCAGGAUGAGGUGGAUGGUCUGCAGGUUUACGAGAAGACCACCAACGAGUGGCUGGAUGUCGCACCAACUCGAGGAGCCUACGUUGUCAACCUGGGGAAUGCCUUCAUGCGUUGGUCCAACGACAGGUACAUCAGCAACCUGCACCGAGUCAUCAACAAGUCAGGAAAAGAACGAUAUUCGAUCCCCUUCUUCUUCAGCGGCAACCCGGACUACAUCAUUGAAUGUCUACCCAACUGCCGCGAGCAGGGCCAGCCGGCCAAAUACCCGCCGAUCACUGUGGAGGAAGCCGUCAAGUCAAGCUACCAGCAGAGUUACGCGGCAGCAGAAGUGUUCAAGAAAACCACCGCGGCCCCUGUGGCUGUCUCCUCAACUGCGAUAGUGGCUUAG